GUGAGCCCAUAAUGCUUAGCACUUGACUGUCUUAGCACAUGCUGGAGGGAAAGCCAGCAGAGGAAACAUGGGAGGAGUGUGGAGAUGUGGCUGCACCAGGAGGUGAGCAUGCCCAGGCUGUACCAGGAGGUGAGCAUGCCCUGGCUGCACCAGGAGGUGAGCAUGCCCAGGCUGUACCAGGAGGUGAGCAUGCCCAGGCUGUACCAGGAGGUGAGCAUGCCCUGGCUGCACCAGGAGGUGAGCAUGCCCUGGCUGCACCAGGAGGUGAGCAUGCCCAGGCUGCACCAGGAGGUGAGCAUGCCCAGGCUGCACCAGGAGGUGAGCAUGCCCAGGCUGCACCAGGAGGUGAGCAUGCCCAGGCUGCACCAGGAGGUGAGCAUGCCCAGGCUGUACCAGGAGGUGAGCAUGCCCUGGCUGCACCAGGAGGUGAGCAUGCCCAGGCUGCACCAGGAGGUGAGCAUGCCCAGGCUGCACCAGGAGGUGAGCAUGCCCAGGCUGCACCAGGAGGUGAGCAUGCCCUGGCUGCACCAGGAGGUGAGCAUGCCCAGGCUGCACCAGGAGGUGAGCAUGCCCAGGCUGCACCAGGAGGUGAGCAUGCCCAGGCUGUACCAGGAGGUGAGCAUGCCCAGGCUGCACCAGGAGGUGAGCAUGCCCAGGCUGUACCAGGAGGUGAGCAUGCCCAGGCUGUACCAGGAGGUGAGCAUGCCCAGGCUGUACCAGGAGGUGAGCAUGCCCUGGCUGCACCAGGAGGUGAGCAUGCCCUGGCUGCACCAGGAGGUGAGCAUGCCCAGGCUGCACCAGGAGGUGAGCAUGCCCAGGCUGCACCAGGAGGUGAGCAUGCCCAGGCUGUACCAGGAGGUGAGCAUGCCCAGGCUGUACCAGGAGGUGAGCAUGCCCUGGCUGCACCAGGAGGUGAGCAUGCCCAGGCUGUACCAGGAGGUGAGCAUGCCCUGGCUGCACCAGGAGGUGAGCAUGCCCAGGCUGCACCAGGAGGUGAGCAUGCCCAGGCUGCACCAGGAGGUGAGCAUGCCCAGGCUGUACCAGGAGGUGAGCAUGCCCAGGCUGCACCAGGAGGUGAGCAUGCCCAGGCUGUACCAGGAGGUGAGCAUGCCCAGGCUGUACCAGGAGGUGAGCAUGCCCAGGCUGCACCAGGAGGUGAGCAUGCCCAGGCCCCGGGCUGGUGCAUUAUGGGUGGGAAAAAGGAUCCCUUCCGAGCAGCUGUGCUGUGCUCAUUGGGUGUAUGCAUAAAGAAUGAGCCUUCCCAUUUUUCCUUUAAGAAGGAUCACAGAAUGGUAUGAAAUAGGGGUGGGUGGAUGGAUGGAUGGACAGAUGACGGAGGGAGGGACAGACAGACGGACAGACAGAUGGACGGAUGGAUGGGCAGUUGAAUGGACAGAUAGG